UUUUGACUGACUGAACUCCAGGUCACGCAAGAUGAACCCUGAAUACGACUACUUGUUUAAAUUGCUCCUGAUCGGGGACUCUGGCGUCGGAAAGUCGUGUUUGCUGCUUCGAUUUGCCGACGAUACCUACACAGAAUCGUACAUCUCCACCAUUGGCGUCGAUUUCAAAAUCCGCACGAUUGAACUGGACGGCAAGACAAUCAAGCUCCAAAUCUGGGAUACAGCAGGCCAAGAGCGCUUCCGCACCAUCACGAGCAGCUACUACCGCGGCGCCCAUGGCAUCAUCGUCGUGUACGACGUGACAGACCAAGAAUCGUUCAACAACGUGAAGCAGUGGCUACACGAAAUUGACCGUUAUGCGUGCGAGAACGUCAACAAGUUGUUGGUGGGGAACAAGAGCGAUUUGACGGCCAAGCGCGUCGUGAGCACAGACGCCGCGAAGGAAUUUGCUGAGAGCUUGGGCAUUGAGUUUUUGGAAACCUCUGCCAAGAACGCCGCCAACGUUGAAAAGGCGUUCAUGAUGAUGGCCGCUCAAAUCAAGAAGCGCAUGGCGAACGCCCCCGUGGUCUCGAAGCCCGCUAUCUCGUUGGGCCCCGGCAAGGACGUCGGUUCCAAGUCGGGCUCGUGCUGCUAAGCGAAUUGGUACCACCAGGAUCUGAAGGCUUUUCCCUGCGACUUCGAAACUCUUGUAGUAGUUGGGGAUUAUUUUAUAUCUUUCAAUAGUUUUGCAUGUUUCCUUGGCAAUACUAUACACUGCUGCCGCGUGA